CCUCUCCCGUCUCUUCUUCAUCAUCUCCUCACAUGGCGAUCCUCAUUUUUUCCUUCUUUCUCUCUUCACUCUACGCGCCGCCCAUUUUGCCCUACUCUUGUUUCCUUCCCCCCUUCUUCCGCCCGACCCGCAAUCCUCUCCGUCGUCGCUGCUGAGCGUCUCCUGCCUGCUUGCAUCCUCCAUUAAUGGCCUCAUAAUCCUCGCUUUCUCCGAUGGCCUCCCUCACUCCCGGCGUCUUGCUCAAGCUUCUGCAGAAUGUGGAGAACAAGGACGCGAAGGUCGUCAGCGAACACCGCUCCGCUCUCCUUCAGGUGAUUGGCAUCGUACCUUCGCUGGAAGAUGAUCCGUGGAAGAGCAGGGGAUUUUACCUUAGGGUUUCGGAUUCUCAGCACUCGGCUUACGUUUCUGUGGCAGACGAAGAUGCCGAGUUGAUACUGGGUGACAAGAUCCAACUCGGGCAGUUCAUUCACGUGGCUCGCCUGGAGAAGGGCUCCCCCGUGCCGGUGCUCAGGGGUGUGAAGCCGGUGCCGGCGAAGAGGCGACCGUGCAUUGGGGAGCCCAAGGAUUUGAUUUCCAGCGAUGUUUUGACGCCGCGUGGUCGGGCUGAGGUCAAGAAGGUGAAGAAACACGGGGAUGUGAGAAAAUUAGAGGUUAAAGCGAAAGGACCAGUCGGGAGUGGAGAUUUGAAAUCAAGAAGACACUCCAUUGAUGCUGGUAUGGGAAUGAGGAGAAUGAGAUUGGAUUCAAUGAGAAGAGGAUGGGACCGGAGUGAUGGUGGGAUGAAUGGGGCCGGAUUUGAUUCGAAGUCCAUGUCUGAGAAGAGCCAUUCUCUCAAGGGGGCUAGCACAGAUUCUGUUUGUUCUCAGAAGAAAGUCCAUUUGGAGAAAGAAUUGACACCAAGGCAUUCUAGAAUGGACGCUUCACCACUUCAAAAUAAGAACACCGUUGUUCCUCCAAAACUUGUUAGCAAGCCUAGUAAGAAAGAUGAUGAGACUCUUCCAAAUCCUUUGAUGAAGGUGGAUGUCAAAUUUAAGAGUUCUUCAGACUCAAAGAUAUUGUGGAAUUCACUUCCAUCAACCCUGAGAAAUCUAGGGAAGGAAGUUGUGACUUGUAAGAUGGUUGCAUUUGCUUCUGCAAUGCAUGCACUAGAAGAAGCUUCUGCUGAAGAUGGCGUCAUAAGUUGCAUGAGCAUGUUUGCAGAGCUAUGUGAAAUGGCAGAAAAAUGCUCUGCAGGACCAGUGGUAGAGAAAUUCUUGAAGCUUCAUGAAAACUUGCAGAGAGCACUUGCAGUCAUUCAUGCACUGCUGAACCAGAAACCCCCAGAAACAAAAAUCAAAGAUGGUUUUGGCUCACACUCUCCAUUCCCAGAGAUGUGCAAGAACAAAAAUGCAGCAGCAUUAUGGGUCCAAGCUGCUCUAGACUCAAACCUCUCAAACCUUUGCCUGUUCUCAAAGCCGCAGAGAGGAGGAAGAAGCAGCAGCCCUGCUUGUGGUGAGAAACACUACUACUGUGCUAUAAUAGAGAAUACCAUCCCCAAGAAAUCCGAGAACCUUUUAACAACAGAUAGGAAAACCCCCAAGAACUGCGACUCUAACCAAACCAAACCAAUCAAACCCAGUAGUAUAUCCCACUCAAGAGUAACGUCCGAUAAACCCAAACUGGGUCAAGUGAAGUCAAAAGGAGAGAGACUGAAGGAUGCUUGUAUCUUAGCUGAGAAGUUGCUUUCUUUUUCCCAGAGAUGGUUUCUGAAUUACUUGGAGAAUAGGUUAGACAUGGAGUUUGAGGUGAGGAAGGGAAGCAACGAAGGGUGCCCCGAAAUUGUCGGGCUAUUGGGGCAGCUCAGAAGGGUUAAUCAGUGGCUGGAUGGGUAUUCUAGUAGUAGACAGGAAGGGGAUGAAGCUGAUGAAAACAUAGAAGGCCUGAGAAAAAAGUUGUAUAGGUUUGUGCUAGAUCAUGUGGACUCUUCUUCCAUAGUUGUAGGGUAGAGUGUACUCAGUGUAGGACUGUACCUUAGCUAACCCUCCUUAUCACAUUUAUAACUCUGACUUUGUGAUCAUAUCAUAGAGAUAUUGAGAGCAACAGUUGAGCCUUUCUCUCAAAAAUAUGUAACUGAUCAAUCAUUGUGAACUAUGGAUUAUAUAUGAACUGGUGUUUUAACAUUAAUUCCUAAAACUGGUGGAUGUAAUGGUUGCUUUGUGCUAUAU